GGCCCCAAAACUUCGUCAACUCCCUCGCCCCGUCCAACUCCUCCGACUCGAUACAGAGGGAGGCGUGGGGAGGAGGAUCUCUGCUCUGGAGAGAGAGGCUUCUCGUGAGUCGUGAUUUUUCUCCCUCGGAGGCUCGAGAAUCUGCGUCCAUGUCCUACCAGGAUAGAGUCAGCGCCUACCCUCCCCCAGGGUACCCGCAAGGGGCGUAUCCAUCUGCUCCUCCGGCGUGUGAAGAAUGUCUCCAUGGUUAUCAGCCAGUCCCACCGCCUCCACCACCACCGCCACCUGGUUACCAGCAAGGCUACCAGGGUUACUUUAGCCAGGGCUAUCCACCACCUCCUCCGCCGUACCCUCCUCAGAAUUAUUAUUAUCAAUACCAGAGGCAGCCGAGCUAUACUUCAUUUUUAGAAGGAUGUUUGGCAGCCCUUUGCUGUUGCUGUCUUCUCGAGGACUGCUGCUUUUAGGUGACUUUCAAGCAUGCAGACGUCAUAAUGAAUGUGGUUUUCUCUCGAUUAUCUCCAUGCCAUUUAGCGUCAUCGGAUUGUCAUGCUUUGCAUAGGUGAAACGGAAGAUGUAUUUAGUUGGUCCUUCGUGCAUAGGAGGUUGUGACAAGCAAAUGUAAUUAUUCUUCAUUUGUGUUGAUAAACUGGCUGUCCUGCUGUUUAAUAUUACGUAUUUGUUCAUGCAUUUUGUUGGGUUGUUGAGCGGCUGUCCUGUUUCUUUUAUUUAAUGAAUUAUUAUUUAAUGAAUUAAUGUUACUUGUCCAUAUUAAUUA